AUGCAUACUACAAAGCCAUAUCAGGCUUGGUUCGAUCAUAGCCGUCCACUCUCUCCUCUUACCCAACUAAUGGCUGUACUUCCUCCUGAAUCAUCUAAUCUCGUACCUACCGCCUGGAGACAUCUGAUGACUUCCUCGAAUUCUCCUCUAUCCCAUAUGUAUCCGAAUGACUUCGUGGUCGAGCCCCGAGAUCAUAGGCAUAAGUGGCCUCUAUGGAUGGGUGUCUGUUUGCUUCCGCCAAUCGAUGACGCCCAAUUGCUGAGCCUACUUCAUCAGCAUUGGGCUGAUCUUAAGCCUGAGGAGUUGGCAUUAGACGUCGAGGGUGAGGUAGCCAUCUUCUCCGCUGAUUCUCUUAAGAGCUUUGUCUCUAAUCCCCCGGAUCAGAAAUAUGUCAAUGAAUCUAAAUACGAAUCUUCAAACAAUACCUAUCAGUUUCAGGAGGCAUGUGCUCUUCCUUACGAGGUAAAAGCAACAGUUACCUGCUCAAAAAGCACUGCUAGUCUAGGCGGCUCUAGACGUAUCCCACUGCAUCGAGGAGAUGCCGGAAUUCUUUCCGGCACAAACAGAAAAAUAAAGCCCUUAUCUCGCCGCUUCUUUGGCUCCAAAGCCCGGGCGGAGGCCUCUAUAUUUCCAACCCUAGGGACUCGCUCUAUUCUACAGCGGUUGCUUAUCGAGUAA